AUGCAAGUCCAGGAAGUUGGGAACAGUGAUGCAUAUGAGCCCCAACAACAAACGGUCCUCUAUUCAAUGAACGCAGAUGGAUCAAGAAGUGACUCAGACGAGAACAGCGAUGCGGAACAUCCUCUUCAACUGACUGAUCCUUAUUCAAUGAAUGUCGUUGGUACACAUGUUGAACAGUGUCCACGUUCUCCCAUCAAGACGGUUGCUACCCCAACCUCUAUCCUUCCUUUCAGGUGUAUUUGCUCUGACUUGAAGGAGAAGAGAAAAGCUAGAUCAAUUGGAUGCUCACCUCUAUCUCCAAGGAAUGAUAGUGAUUCAGAAUUAGCAAGACAGCUCUGGAAAUUUGCAUCUAUUGUCCCAUGCCCUAACGUGCCUGACCCUAGGCAGAAUCUAAAAGAGGCAGACACCCAUGAUGGGGCGAUCCAUCUCAUGGUGGAUUUGUCCCCCUUUAAAGUCCCCACUCAUCUGUCCGACAGAAAGGCGAAGCCAAUGACUCCCCAUGUGGCUUGUGACCCCUCAGCCACAUCGUUGGCCAAUACGAUCCGGGAUAUAGGGCAGGUUGCUACUCGUUCUUCCUCCCUGACUGGUGCAGGUGAGGAAAUGGCUACCGAGGCCUCCCAAUCAGAAUUCCUUGUCCUGCUGAAUGGCGAGGCAAGGUUAGAAGGCUGCAGCAUUGGGCUGUUUACUCAGGAUGUAUCACUAAUGGAUAGCAUCCUUGUGUGGAAUGCCCGCAGGAUAAGGAACGCCCCUACCAUCAGGACAGGAAGGCGGCUAAUCGUAAUCCAUAAGCCGCAUGUCGUCGCUAUCCUUGAACCAAUAAUCAGGGAGGAGAGAAGAGUGGCGAUUGGUUUAAGACUUGGCUUCCACUCUUCCUUAUCAAAUGGAAAUGAGGGAGGCAAAUUUUGGAUUUUUUACGACUCUCCCUCUACUGUUGCUCUUCAUUCGAUAUCUAACCAAGUUUUGUCCAUUACCAUAACUCUGCAGUUUUUGCAGGCCCCCAUUAUGUUUUUGAUUGUAUAUGCUAAGUGUUCAAGAAUCCUUAGGCGUUCUCUAUGGAGCAACCUUAUCUCCAUCAGCAACUCCAUUGCAGGCCCUUGGGCAGUGGCGGGGGAUUUCAAUGCAUUGGCCAACUCAACGGAAAGGUUCGAAAGGAGAAGACAGCCAAAUACUGGGGACGAUGAAUUUGCGGAGGCGAUUAAUGAUGCGGGGCUGCUAGAUGUUGGUUUCUCAGACAACAGGUUCACCUGGAGUAAUAACCAUGAUGGAAAUUCUCAGAUUUGGGCUAGGCUCGACAGGUCUCUGUGUAAUGACGAAUGGAUCAGGUGCUUCCCUAAGUUCCAUGUGGUGCAUCUUCCCCGAGUUAAUUCUGAUCAUGCUCCAUUGUUGCUGAACUUCCCGGCCCCAAAUAAGGUGCUUGCUAGGCCAUUCAGAUUUCAACGCAUGUGGUUCCUCCAUGAGGGUUUCUUGCAGAUAAUUAAGGAAGCGUGGACCGGGGAUUUACAAGGUUCGCCGAUGGUAAAUCUUCUGCUGAAACUUAGAAAGACAAAGCUCGUAGUCAAGGCUUGGAACAGGUCAGUUUUUGAUAAUAUUUCCACCAAUAGGAAGCAGGCAGAAUUAGCAUUUGAGCAGGCAGAAGCCAGCGCGCAGUCUUCUUCGAAUUCUGUCCCUUCUGAAGCUCUGCUAGAGGCAAAGGAUCGGCUAAUGCAGUGGGAGCUGGCAGAAGAAACCUUUUGGAAGCAGAAGGCCAGAAAUAACUGGUUGGCCAAAGGCGACAAGAACACGAAAUUUUUCCAUCUUGCUGCGAUGAACCGGGUUAGAAAAGCUGAAAUUCGUGAAAUUCGUUCACAGGUGGGCUCCAUUAUAACAGAUCCAGACAAAAUCAAAGCUCAAGCGGUCCUUUUCUUCUCACGAUUACUCUCAGCUGAGACUUGCCAGACCUCGAAUAUGUUGGAAAAUCUCAUCCCCCACCUCCUAUCGAAUGACGAUAAUCUGUCCCUAAUGCAUCCUCCAUCCCUUGAGGAAAUUUACACAGAGCUGCCACUUUCAUGUUCAAUGGGGGUGAAAUUCCUAGAGCCUUUACCUCUAACCAGAUAUGCCUCAUUCCCAACCAGGUUGGCUACUGUCCUCCCCAAACUCAUCUCCCCCGAACAGGGAGCCUUCAUCCAAGGCCGGGCAAUUGUGGAAAAUGUGGCACUUGCCUGGGAAAAUUUCAGGGAGAUUAACAGAAAAAUCCACAGGGGUAACAUUGCCAUUAAGUUUGACAUGGAGAAAGCAUAUGACCGUGUUAAUUGGGACUUUCUGAAGCUUGCUCAGGGUUACUUCAAAUCCUCUCGUGGGCUCAGGCAGGGAGAUCCUAUCUCCCCCAGCUUGUUCAUUCUUUCCUCAGAAGUUUUCAGUAAGGGCAUCAAAAAUCUGUUCAACCAGGGCCUCUGUCAGCCUUUCAAGCUCAAAUUGGGUUGUCCUCUCAUUUCCCAUCUGCUCUAUGCAGAUGAUACUCUGAUUUUUGCUAAUGGGAGAUCCUCCUCGUUAUCAGCUAUCAACGAGUUCGUGAGCGAGUAUCAAAAUAAUUCGGGUCAAAAGAUUAAUCGGUCCAAGAGCUUCUUUUUCUAUUCUUCCAAGCUGGCCAAUCGUCGAGUUAGAUCCAUCGAGCAGAAGCUGCACAUGUCUACAGCAAGUCCAGGUGCUUCUUAUUUGGGUGUUCCUAUCCUCAGCGGGAAGCAAUCCAGAGCCGCAUUCAAACCCUUAUUUGAUAAAAUUACUGCCAAAAUAGAGGGGUGGAAGGCUAGGAUUCUUUCGCAGGUGGGUCGUGCCACCCAAAUCAAGCAUGUGCUGGGAAGUAUCCCAGUGCAUAUGAGGGCUGCCACGGUCGUCCCAUCCCAGACCUUGGGAGAUAUGGAAAAUUAUUUCGCCAAUUUUUUCUGGGGAUGGGCGAACGGCAAAAAGAAGCUACACUGGACUAAAUGGAAGAAGAUUGCGGCCCCUACCUCGGAAGGCGGGCUGGGUAUCAGAAGGUUAGGUGAAAUGAUGGACGCAUUGCGUCUAAAAAUGGCUUAG